AUGGAAGUUUUAAAUAUUUUAACAGACACUGAAAGAUAUAAUAAAAAUUUAUAUCCAAAUGAGGAGAAAGAAAUUCCCACACAAGUUACCAUACAAAUGUAUAUUGAAGGGAUGUCAUCAUUUAGAGCACAAUCUAUGGACUUUUUGGUUGAUAUUUACUUUCAAACUCAAUGGGUAGAUGAAAGACUAAAACAUAGUGGAAAAAGAAGAAUUCUUAUUGGAGAUAAGAAAACAUUUGAUUUGAUGUGGCAACCUGGAUUAUAUUUUGCAAAUUCUCGAGAAUCUACUUUUCAUGAAGUUUCAUCACCAAAUUUUUUAGUAUGGAUAUAUUCUAAUGGAACUGUUUUUUACGAUACUAGAAUUUCUUUAAAUGUUAUAUGUAUGCAAGAUUUAUCAAAAUAUCCUUUGGAUUCUCAAGCAUGUACAUUACGAAUUUUAAGCUAUGCUUAUGAUAACAAACAACUUGUAAUUGAAUGGAAUAAGGAAAAAGCUAUUGAAGUUAAUGAAGAUUUAAGGAUGACGGAUAUGACUUUAAGAACUAUACGACCUGGAACAACAAUAAAUAACUAUGUUACUGGUUUAUGGACCUGUGCCACAGCUGAAUUUAUAGUUGAUAGAGAAAUAAUGCAUCAUAUACUUCAAACAUACCUUCCAACAUCAUUAAUUGUUAUCAUAUCUUGGUUUUCUUUUUGGUUAGAUGCUGAAUCUGUACCAGCAAGAGUUUCUCUUUCUAUAACAUGUCUUCUUACAUUAGCAACACAAAAUUCUGCAGCAAGAAUGGCAUUACCUCAAGCUUCUUAUGUUAAAGCAAUUGAUGUUUGGAUGGGUGGUUGUACUAGUUUUGUUUUUUUAGCAAUUAUAGAAUUUACUGUUGUUAAUUAUUGUAACAGAAGAAAUAAUAGAAAAAAAAGAAGAUAUGAUUUACGUAAUGGAAGAUCAUUUAGAUCAGUAGAUAAUACAAUGACAGGAGUACUUAAAAGAAAUGUAUACAGUCCAAUGAGUGGUGAAACAACAGAAAGACUACUUUCAUACAAUACAUCUCCAAUAUUUGGUAAAUUUAUUAGAAAAGAUGAUGAAUAUAAUAAAAAUUUAUCAAAAAAUUAUUCAUCCUACAAUAUUACAGAUACUUUUGAUCCAAUAAAUAUGGCUGAUAAUAUAAGUUAUCCAAUUAAUAGAAAUACUAUUCUUGGUUGUUGUAAAUUAGAAUCACCUUUUAUUAGUUGUCCAUCAACUCCAAAAACAAAAAUACUUUUUCACAAUAAGAUAGAAAAUUGUUCUCAUAGGAAAAAUAAAAAUUUACGAGACACUAUUACAACUCUUGAAUAUGUUCAUCAAAAACAUUUAGCUCAAAAAAUUGACCAUAAAAGUCGUGUAUAUUUUCCUAUUGUUUUUAUUGUUUUCAAUAUCUCAUAUUGGUUUUACUAUCUUUAUUAUUCAAAUGAUAACAUUAAUUAA